UGCCUGACCUAUGAUUAUGUUUUGAUGUAGGCUUAGAGUGCUGAAAUGUGCAGGCUUGAAUGUAGUGAAGAACUUGAAGUAGUUUAAAAGUAUAUUUACAGAGAAAAAAUACUGGCAUAUAAAAUCUGUGAAAGCCUUAUAGGCAGAGAGACUUUCUUUCAGUUAAAAUAACUAACUAUAUUGCCCCUCCUCUCUUUCUUCAGAGAGAAAGAUCAUACGUUGUUCUCUUCCUUCUUUGAAAGCAGCCUGAAUUGGUUGAAAUUUUUCUAAAACUUCAUAAACUUCAAAUGCAAAAAAUAACAAAUGAGUCUGUGUUUGCAAGUUGUUUAUUUUAACUAAUUUAUUAGUGUGACUUUAGGCUUCAGUCAAACACAUGGUGGUAUAGAAGUCUGCCUGCUUAGUGUAUCAAGAUUUUGAAACUCAGGUCAGAGAACCUUUGGACCAAGAAUUUUUUUAUAUGUUCACGAUGCUGUCACAGUUAGAUUGUGUACUGAUGCCUUAAGAAUGUUAUGCUUCAGAGAUAAUAUUUGUAGUUUUGUCUACAAGUCGUUGAUCCAAAUAGUAAGUCAGGCUUAAAUGCAAUAGUACCCUUCCGUUACAAGGAUGGAGCGUAAAACGUGUGUAUUGGAGAGUCAAACCACUGCACGCGCUUCUAAAGAACAUCGGUGUACUUGGAAUACAGUCCUUUCUUUUUCUAAAAAAAACCAGAAAGUUUUAUGUGCUGACAGGCAUCUCCUACUCCCUUUUUCUGCCACCUUCUUCCUGUAAACAGCUUAUUCUGUAGCAGGUCCUGAGCUAUAUACUGUUGGGUAUGCGGAACUGAAAAAAAGUUAUAUUCAGUAGCAUACGUUUAACGUAGUCUGCGUUUAACAGGAGGUUCCCAGCUUGCAGGUUUCCAAGCAGGAUAUGUGGCCUGAGCAGGUCGGCUGUGCUGGACAGGGCUGACUUGAGUGUACGGCCAGUUGUACGGCGCUGCCCGGAGAAGCUGUUGUUAUUCCCUGCCCUGACGCUGCUGGAGCUGGUGGAGAGAGCCAGUGCUCCCAGAAUGGGAUUGGGCUGGGAAGAUGGACCUACUGAUGGAUGAAACGUUGAGGUGUCCUCUUUAAGACAGUUGGCAACAAAAGUUUGGGAAUGUUUCUCUUUUGUAUGCCUAGAAAGCUGCUUGUACUGUUCAAAAAUUCUUCUACAAUAACAGGCUCCAAGACAAAUUGUGGCAUAGCGUAUAAGCAGGGUAAAAUUCUCUACAAAGUACGAUGGAAGGGAUACACCUCUGAUGAUGAUACCUGGGAACCAGAGAUUCAUUUGGAAGACUGCAAAGAAGUGCUGCUUGAAUUCAGAAAAAAAAUUGUGGACAAUAAGCCUAAACCUGUUAAAAAGGACAUACAGGUGUGUUUCAUUAAUAAUGAUGUGUUUGAAGCAGAAUCUGACAGUGACUGGCAAAGUGAAACAAAAGAAGAUGUUUCACCAAAGAAGAAAAAGAAAAAGUCAAAAGAUGGAGAGGAUAGAAGCCCAGAUGAUCUGAGGAAGAAAAAGUCUAAGUCUGCAAAACUCAAAGAAAAACCCAGAAUAGAACGUGAAAAUUCUUCAGAUAGUUUGGUUUCGGAUUCAAAACCGAAAAAAAGGACUUCAGAAAGCAGGGAGGAUUCAAAAGAUCCAAAGAAGCAAAAGAAAGAAGACACUAAAGAAGUCAAGAAAAAGAAGGGAGAAACUAAAGAUUUAAAACUAAAAUCUAAAGAGGACUCUAAAGAAAAUAAAAAAUCACGGAAGGAGAAGCAUGGAGACCUUCAGUUUGACUCGGAAUCAAGUACUUUAGAUGAUGCAUUUUCUCAAGGAGCUGAUAAUGAAAAUUCAGACUUAUAUUCUGAAAAUAAAGGGGAGAAGCAAAAGGUAAAAAGUGGAAAGGAGAGGCUGGAACAAGAAAUUGCUGAGAAGGAUUCAAUAUCUGAUAGGCAUCUUGAUGGAUCAGCAAGUAAUGAAGAUGAUAGUAUUGAAGUUAAGGUUAAAAGAAAGAAGAAAAAACUUCAGAAAGUUGAAGAUUAUAAAGAGGAAGGUAGAAAAGUGGAGACUAAGGAUACCUAUUUAGAGAAGAAAAGCAUGCACAAAAGGCAAAAAAGUCAAGAAAAAGUAAAAAUAGUUGCUGCGGAGGUGGAGAAAGUGUCACCUGUUCCUGCACUGGUGCAGAAAGGCUUAAAAUUGGGCACUGAUGAAAGAGGACGCAAAUCAACCGAUUCAGCUGGGGAGGAGAAAGAAGUAAAGAAAAAUGAAACAAAAGAAAAAUCACAAAAAAAAGAGUCUGAGAAGGAAGAGAAGAGCAGAAGAGAACAAAAGGGCCUAAAAAGCUAUAAGGACAUCAAAAGUGCAUUUGACUUGUUUAAUGUAGCUUCAGAGGAAAAAAAUGAAUAUUCUGAGAAUAACCGUAAAAGAGAAGAAUCUUGUCUAGACUAUAAAUUUGUGGAAGAAUUAAAAUCAAAAGACAGCAAGGUGUACAAGGAAAGGAGGAGUAUAAGAGACGAGACAGAUACAUGGACUUACAUUGCUGCAGAAGGUGAUCGAGAAGUAGUGGAUGUGUGUCAAAUGGAGGAGAACUCUGAUGGCAAGCAACAAGUCUUGAGUUUGGGUAUGGACAUGCAGUUAGAAUGGCUGACACUAGAAGACUUUCAGAAGCAUCUUGAUGGAGAAGAUGAGAAUCAUGUCUCAACAGAACCGAUAUCAAGUACUCUCCUGAGGGAUGCUGUUAAAAAUGGAGAUUAUAUGACAGUGAAGAUGGCUCUUUCGUCAAAUGAAGAAUACAAUCUAGAUCAAGAGGACUCAAGUGGAAUGACCCUAGUAAUGCUUGCUGCUGCAGGUGGGCAUGAUGACCUUCUCCGGGUCCUAAUCAGAAAAGGAGCUAAAGUAAAUGGUAGACAGAAGAAUGGAACAACUGCAUUGAUACAUGCAGCUGAAAAGAAUUUUCUAACCACAGUAGCUAUUCUUCUGGAAGCUGGGGCAUAUGUGAACAUGCAGCAGAGCAGUGGUGAAACUGCCUUAAUGAAGGCCUGUAAAAGAGGAAAUUCUGAUAUUGUGCGACUUAUGAUUGAAAGUGGAGCGGACUGUAACAUUUUGUCAAAGCAUCAAAACAAUGCACUUCAUUUUGCUAAACAGUGUAAUAAUGUACUGGUAUAUGAGCAGCUCAAGAGUCAUCUGGAAACGCUCUCAAGAGUAGCCGAAGAUACCAUCAGGGAUUAUUUUGAAGCUCGUCUUGCUUUGCUGGAGCCAGUCUUCCCAAUCGCAUGUCAUCGUCUCUGUGAAGGGCCAGACUUUUCUACGGAUUUUAACUAUAAACCCCCACAAAAUGUGCCAGAAGGAUCUGGAAUUCUUCUGUUUGUUUUCCAUUCAAAUUUCUUUGGUAAAGAAGUCAUUGCUCGACUCUGUGGACCAUGCAGUGUGCAAGCUGUGGUUUUAAAUGAUAAAUUCCAGCUUCCUGUAUUUUUGGAUAGUCACUUUAUUUAUUCCUUCAGCCCUACUGCAGGCCUUAACAAGCUUUUUAUACGGUUGGCAGAAGCUCCUACUGCCAAGGUAAAGCUGCUAAUAGGAGCCUACAGAGUGCAGUUGCAGUGACCUCAAAGUUGCAAGCGUGUUGAACAGACUGACUUUUUUUUGAUAUACUUCUGAUUCCUAUGUUUAGAGACUGACAAAGCAGUUUGGAACUUUUUGGCACCACACUCUUGAGACUAAGUCCCAUCUCACUGUCCUUCAUUGGCAGUCAUAUAGGAAAGUAUGUGCUGGGGAGCAGGUGAACAUGCUACACUGGUGGGACAGGGUUGUCAGUUUUUUGGGUGGUGUUUUUCUCUUUUUUACUUUGUACAGAUGUAGAUGUAAGUAUUUGUGCCAAUACAUAUAAUUCUGUUUUUCUUUAACUUGUGGAGUCCAGACUGCGUAUUUCAGCUUUUCCACAAUGUGGAAUGGUGCAUAUAAGAACUAUUUAACGUAACUACAUGAAAUGUCUUUUUUAAUAGAAAAAUCUUUUCCAUUUGUAAACUAAAAUUUUCUACUUGUCCUAACUGCAAUGUUUCUAUGUAAAAUGCAAAACUGUCAUGUUCUUAGAGCUGUGGGCAGAGCUACCGUUUGAAGUUACGGCAUUAGACUUGACUGUGAGUUGCUAGGGGCUGUGUUCCGCUUUGAAGCGUUUUCUACUGUGAGAAAGCAGUUAUGCUUAGUGAUUCCCUUUAGACAGCCACAGUUAAGUCUGUUUGCAGGCAUGAACAAAAAGAUCUGAAUAGGCUUGAUUCUUAGAGGAUCACAGUGGGAAUCCUAGUUAUAUCAGUGUUUUAAAACUACUUUUGUAUUAGAGAAGCAACUGAUAGUUCUACAGUUAUCUUAACUUCUGAGUACUUAGUCAAGUGACAGAUGGGAGAACAAAUACAAGCUGAAAACAGUAAACCAGAAAACUUGUACCUACUUUAAAUGUGCAGGCAAUGCUUUUUGUAGACAAAAAGAUACACAGAGGAUUUCAGAUAUUCUAAACCUGACAGAUAAGAACGUGUAUUGCCCUCGAAUUCAAAUAUUCAGUUCCUCAGUGCAAAGAGCUGCUAUCUUUUUUUUAAUUUAACUGACCUAUUUUAUCAGCUGACAGCAGUUCUGUAACGGUUCUGUGCUAUAAAAUACAAAUGUAAAACUUCUGCAUGAAGUAUAGAAAUUUUUUUUUUUGUUUGUAAAUUAAACAACCUCUUGAAAAGUAAAAAAAAAAAAAAAAAAAAAAUCCAGAUUGUGCCUUUGCUGUUCUGGUUGCCAGGUGUAGUUUACAUGCCGCUAUGUGCCUAUAUUGUUAACAAAACUAUUGUGGAUAGAUUCUUACUGCAUUUGAGUGUUCACCAUCAAAAUGGUGCAAAUGUAUUAUGUAUCCUUUUAAAAACUGUGACUUUUCAAUGUAAAGUUCAAUGAACCAAUUUUUAAUUUUUGGUUCUUAGAAGUUUAAAACUUUCGUAUUAAGAGAUGCCAAAUUACAAUAACUAAGCACACUAUUUCUAUUUUGUGGAAUGUCACAUUAAGCUAAAUAAAACUAGAACAGCAACAUGACAUAUAAAUACUCACUUCUACUUCCAUUUAAAAUAGCUGCCUAUCUUUUUGCUUAAACAGUAUUGAUAUUAACAAGUCUGGUUUUGAACAGACUUGUUACCAACACCUCUUUUGAAAUAUGCUAAAUACCUCAUUGUUUUGCUAAAGCCUAAACACCUGAGAUUCAAGAACGAGCACUGGUUGAGAAUCAGGUAUGUUCACUACCAGCACUUGGGAGUUUUGUGUAGCUGCAUUUCUUUGUAGUCACUGUUCAUGAAUUUUUAAACUUAGGUAUCAUGAAAUAAUCCUGAAAGAUAAAUAAGGAUAGGGUAUAUUCUUAAAUGUUUUCAUAUAUUGGAGUGACAGUUUUCAUGUAUUGUGAUUACCCAUUCCUCAGUUAUUCCUGCAUUGUACAUUUAACAGUAUAGUGUAUGUGCGAUAAAUUGUGUAUAGUACACCUCAGUGAUAAGUUUGAGUUGUUCAAGGACUGUAAAAGGUGGGAACAGAAGGUUUUUGAACAAAUGUCCAUACAAUAAUUUAGCGGCUAUUUAGAUACUGUUGUACAGUCUAACCUAAAAAAUUAAGUAAUGCUCCAAGAGUUGUCAUAGUAACUAGUUUGUCACAGGUUGUAUUUGAGGCUUGAGGAAGAGAGGGAGGAAUUUUACGAGCAAGAGGACUAAAAUUGAGUUCAUGAUGCUCUUAUUUAAGGGAUGGUUUUUACAGCCAUCUCUCUCUUUGGUUGGUGAUACAAAGAUCCCUGCAGAAGAUGCAUAAAAGGCUUACUGAAAAGGUGUUUGAAGCUGUUGUGUCUAAUUUACUACAUGUUCUUACCCAACUGCUAAGAAAAAGUUUUGGUGGUCAAAGAAAGAAGAGAAAGUAGCUACAAUAAAAGCCAAUUCUUUAGGCACUCUGGAGAAAUACUUCUGAAGUAUUUACUCAGUUUCUUCUCGCUGCUAUCAGCAGAGCAAGGCAGCUGGGGUAACUAUAAACUGCCAUGGCAAUAAAUUGUUCUGAAGGCUUGCAUUCAGUACUUGCGUUCCUGGCUUGCUUCAGAGAUACUGGGAGUUGGUGGAUGGUGCUAGCUGACUUUCUCACAGGCUUUUUGGGCUUUGAGCACCCGUUUUAAAAAGGAGGAGAUGUUUUAUGAUCACUCUGGAUGGAAGAAAGCUGUUUCAAGACAUAACCGGAAAAGUUAAUGAGUCCCUGAGACAGUACAGUCUGCAGCAGCAGUCUCAACCAGUUAGGAUUGUUUGAAGUAUCUGAGGACUGUCCUAAUAAAUUCUAGUCUACACACCUUUA